AUGGCCCAACAGAGACGGGCGUCACGGCGGCACACUGCUGUGAAUAAUGAAGCUACCGUGCAAGCGGCCGAAGCAGAAGCCGCCGGCUUGGAAGAGCACGCCGCGACGAUCGGACACGUCAAUGGACACGACAAUAAUUCUGCGGAGGCUACGAUGAAGGAAGUGACUACAUCAAACAGCGGCGCCGGCAUUGCGGAGGUGGAGGUGGAGAUUGAUGCGGAGAAGUUGAAGGCGGAGGAAGCAUUGUUCGAAUCGUUCAGGGAGGAGUUUCACGAGGCCCUCGAACAACUACCACUUUAUCUGCACCGUCAACUUACGCUCAUGCGCAACCUGGACAAGCAGACCUCUCAGCAUUCCUCCGACUUGCUGUCUGCUAUCAACAGGUUUAUCGACCUUCGAAGCAAACUCGCUGGGAUUCCUUUGAAAGCCACGCUUGAGACUUCCGCACCCAGCGAUCCUGCUGCACCAACACCCGUUCAUCCUACGAAUGACGCGGAGCCUCAACCAGCAAACCCCGAUACAGCUUCAGGAGAAGCUGGAGAAGCUGGGCGUACCCAAGCACCAGAGGGCUCACAGACGAAUGCAGUUGCGGGACCUUCCAAUGGCGAACCGCCCUCCACGACGGAGCAGGAACGCCGACUCGUAAACGGCACAGGUCCGCCAGACACCGCGCCGCAAGCUCCCGAGGAGGACUUCGAUGAGACCCCAAUAUCUUGGGAUGCUACGCGGACUCUUCUCCCACGUAUCGGGUGGUUGACUGAUGAGAUCCUGCGCACGUCAGAAGAGAAGAUCAAUCUGGCGGAGACCAUACACGGCAUGAUACAGCGACACAUUCGUCAACUAGUGUACUGUAUUCAAGAUCAGGAAGCGAUAAUCAAGACCGGCCAUUCAUAUCAACCUGAACGAGUUGUCGCUCCACGUUUGCACCGGCCAAAUCAGUACACCGUACUUUCCAAUAAUCUGGCCGACGACGAACCGCCAGAGCCUGUUCAAGUGGAGGUCCCGAAGACACCAGGGAGGAAAAGGAGGGGUCGUCCGCCCAACGCACGCGUCGCGCAUCCCACACCAAAUGGCACGAAAACGGGCAUUAAGAUCAGACUCCCAGCUUUUGGCCAAGGACAGUAUACACAGAUUGACGGCGCCGCCGACGAGUCCUACUGUGUCUGCCACCGCCCUUCAAGCGGCACGAUGGUCAUGUGUGACAACGGAGAUGCUUGUGAAAAUGGGUCUUGGUUCCAUCUUGAAUGCCUCGGGAUGAAGGAGGCUCCCGACGACGAUUGGUAUUGCCCAAAAUGUGCACCCUUGAUGGAUCUUCCGCAAAAGCCGGCGAAGCGCAGAAGACGAGGCUGA